CUCCUCCUUGCCAAUCAGCGCGCUCGCUGUGUCCUCGUGCAGGAAGCAGGAGGAGCGCUUGCGCCUGCGCGGAGGGGAGCGGAGGGGUUUGAUCCAAGAUGGCGGAGCGCGGCUACAGCUUCUCCCUCACUACCUUCAGUCCUUCUGGAAAGCUUGUUCAGAUUGAAUAUGCUUUGGCUGCAGUGGCUGCAGGAGCUCCAUCUGUUGGGAUUAAAGCUGCAAAUGGAGUGGUGUUGGCAACGGAGAAGAAGCAGAAAUCCAUUCUUUAUGAUGAAAGGAGUGUCCACAAAGUGGAACCAAUUACCAAACAUAUAGGCUUAGUGUACAGUGGUAUGGGUCCAGAUUACAGAGUACUUGUGCACAGAGCUCGGAAACUGGCCCAACAAUAUUACUUGGUUUACCAUGAGCCCAUUCCAACAGCUCAGCUAGUACAGAGAAUUGCUUCUGUGAUGCAGGAAUACACACAGUCUGGUGGUGUUCGUCCCUUUGGUGUAUCACUGCUAAUAUGUGGCUGGAAUGAGGGGCGGCCCUAUUUGUUUCAGUCGGAUCCAUCUGGAGCUUACUUUGCAUGGAAAGCAACAGCAAUGGGAAAAAAUUAUGUCAAUGGGAAAACAUUCCUUGAGAAAAGAUACAAUGAAGAUUUGGAGCUUGAAGAUGCCAUUCAUACAGCUAUCUUAACACUGAAGGAGAGCUUUGAAGGGCAAAUGACAGAAGACAACAUUGAAGUUGGCAUCUGCAAUGAAGCUGGUUUUAGGAGGCUGACUCCAACUGAGGUUAAGGACUAUUUGGCUGCAAUAGCGUAGUAAAAAGCAAGCAAGACAGUGUGACAAAACAAUGUUUUAAGGGGGCUGUGGUUGGUUUUUUUUGUUUUUUAAUAACUGAACAAUUCCCAUUUGUAGAAUUUUACUUGUUUUACAGGUGGUGGAGGAAAUAAAAAACCAAAACACAACCAGUA